AGCUGCUGCUGUUUCUGCUGCUGGAGAAGAAGAUGGGCCAGCGUUAAGAGGAGCAGCAAUUUUCUUACAACUGUCAAAGUAACCUUACUGGGGAGGGUUUGAUAUUUAAACCUUUAACAAAUUUCUGCUAAGUUUAGUUUGCGCGGGGUUUGUUAGAAAAUGCUCCUCACCGUGAAACCACUUCAAGGAAAGGAGUGCAGUGUUCAGGUCACUGAAGAUGAGAAAGUCUCCACGGUGAAGGAACUUGUUUCGGAACGACUAAAUAUUCCUGCAAACCAGCAGCGGCUACUCUACAAAGGGAAAGCGCUUGCAGACGAGCACAAACUGAGCGAUUACUCUAUUGGGCCAGAGGCUAAAUUGAAUCUGGUUAUCCGUCCUGUGGGGGAGAGAGCUGCAGCUCCAGGAAUGGCAGGCAGCAGCAACCCUCAUGGAGAAGUGUGGCAGAUUGUAUCCACUAUACUUGCCAGACACUUCAGUCCAGCAGAUGCUGCAAAAGUCCAUGAACAGCUUAUAAAGGAUUAUGAACGUUCACUUCGCCAGCUCAGCCUUGAUGACAUCGAGCGCUUGGCAGGGAGACUGCUUCACCCAGAAGGGGAGGGCAUGGACACCUCAUACAUGGACUAAUCAUUCAUGACUUGAUACCUUUUGGAUAUUUUUCUUUGGAGUUACACUCAGUGCUUGAAGAUGCAAACAGUGUUCAAAGGGGGAGGCUGGGGAAGAGUUGGAUUUAAGAGAUUCCCUGGUGUAUGUGUCUCCAGCUGAAUGAUCACGUGGAUAACAUGGACAGCUGAUUAUUUCAGCUUUUUUAGCCACACUGUUAAAAAAAAAAAACCUGGUUGAGGAAAUAUGCCCCCCUUUCUCUGGCCUUCAUCAUUGAUGGGGUUAAUGACUAGCAGCCUGAUCACAGUAUCUGAAUACAAAGGAAUAAUUUAUGGUGUUAUUUUCCCAGAUCUUUAGCUGCUACGUUUCCUAGUGGGUACUAACUUCUACUGAAGGGUAUUUAUUAUUGUCUGACUUAAGUGAUAACUUUCAUUUUUCCAAGACGUGUGGGCAACGUAUAUGUCUUAUCCCCUAAUAUCCUGGUGACUAUUGUAUGAUUUGUAAAUAUGUUUGUUUAUAUAUAUGUUUGCAGUCAUUAAAACAGAAAUCUUUUGUUUCUUCCUAA